AUGGAUGCACAAAUUGCCCAGAAGCUGCCCGCCGGCUUGGCUGGUGUGCUUAACUCUCCCGACCUGAACAGAGAUUCUGCCUACUUUUCCAGUGCUGAUCCUUCCAGUAAACACACGUCUGCCGCAUCUUGUGCCGGCGUAAGUAUCGCUGGCCCACCAUCAGCAUCAUCCGUCUCAUCGUCCAACGUCUUCCGCUCUCCCUCUUCUCAACCCGAUAAGACACCGUCGCCUACAAGCGCUGCGAACCUCCUUCCGCAACCACUCGCGUCGCCCUCCACAAGCAGCAUGAGCGUUGCCUCAAUGGUCUCCCCAACUACGUCUGGCCCCAGCGAUUUACGGCGGCUUGCCGACCGUCCGCACUCCUACGAAGCUAUCCCCAAUGGCAUGGCCUUUGCUGCUAGCGAUUAUGAUCCUAUGGCGCGCCGUGAAAGCGUCGACAGCCGCAUCAAUCAAGGUUUCGGCGACCUGCGGCUGAGCGGCAACUCGCCCUACGCCAGCCACAACCACUCUACCACUUCCGUGCACAAUACCCUGCAGCAGCAACAGCGACAGCAACGGUCUGGCCUGGACAACCUCUCCAUUCACCGCAUCUCAAAUGGGUAUCAACCAAAUGCCGAGCGAAACCCCGACGGCCACAACAAGAUCGUCCGGACUGCUCCCGCUAUCACAGGACCUGCUAUCAGCCAAAUCGCCCGCGCUGCCGAGCCCACAAAAGGCCAGGCGUGGGCUUUCCCCGAAGAGGAAAUCCACCGGAUGCCCUCAACUUUAAACCAGUCCCUGGACGACUCGCGGCGCAGCAGCAUUGCCGACUCGCUAGCCAGCAGCCAGUUCACGUCCGAAUCCCGCCUGCCAUCCGGCCAACGACGAUUCGAUGAGCCCUCGCCAGACUCGACCGGAACUGCCGGUGCCAUGGACUACCAUGACCAGCGUAUGUCCAACGAAUACCCCACAACACACCACCAUGCCCUACAGCACAGACGUCUCGAGGAUCUCCAGGCUGAGGGCGAUAGCCCACUCUCCGGAUCGCAGCCCUACAGCAGGACGCCAGAGCUGCGUAUUAGCCACAAGCUUGCAGAGCGGAAGCGGCGGACGGAGAUGAAGGAGCUGUUUGAACAGUUGCGUGACCUGAUGCCCCAGGAGCGAGGAUCAAAGGCCUCCAAGUGGGAGAUAUUGACUAAGGCUAUUACGGAGCAUCAGCGACUGCAGGAAACCAUCCGAUCAGCUCAACAACACUCUGCCGCUCUAUCCAGCGACGUCUCCAUACUUAAAAACGAGGUACACGCCCUGCGAAUGGAGAACCAGCAGCUCCGCGCCGACGUUGCCAACAUGCAUCAAGGAAACGGUUCUGUCAUGGGUCCUGGUCCAGGCCAACAGCAAUCAUCCGUCAUGAACGACCCAUUCUCUCGCAGCCAACAGGCACCACGACCCGAGCUUCCACCGCUCCGUUCAUUAGGCAGUGGAAUCCCGCAGUCUGCUCCUCCCGAGUCCAUGACGGGCGUGCAAUAUGAACAAGCUCGUGUUGGCGGGUUCCGACCCUCAGACCGGUAUUAA